AUGAAGAUAAAGGCAGAGGCUGGAUCACAGGAUUCAGUGCGAUUGAAACGACAGAGCUCCGACGCAGGUGUUGAAAGGUUUGACUUUGAUGCCGAAGAGUACGAGAUAGAUCCCCGGAAGAAACUCAAACUGGUAACUAGGGGUGUAUCGAGUGGUAAUUCCGAUGCCGUUGGUACUCAGUCUCCUGAUGGUAUUAAUGCGUUUGAGAAAAGGGCUACUAUCUCCAAGAUGAUACUGGAUAUAAAACGUAAUGAUAUAUUUGGCACCGCUCCUAUAUUGAACGCAGAGUCCGCACUGGACGAUCGCAAAUACAUAAAUUACCAUAGGAGGAUGCUUCGGCAGGAAUCACGUAUGAUUCAAUUGGAUAUAACACAUGGGGAGAACGAAGCAGACAGAUUGCUUGGUGUUUACGAUAAACUGAACAUGUUCAAUUGGCAGCCGACGUUGCUAAAAGUGACAAAGAUAAAUGACCCCAAUGAUGAGGAAGAAAUGUUGGCCAAGAGAGAAAAGACUAAAGAAUAUAUACAAACGCUGCUGAAUAAUUUUGACAACAUGAAAAAGAGGACGUUAUCCCUUAAUAAAAAGAAUGCUAAGUACGUGAAGAAAAUUGGGAGUGAGAAAACAAUGCUUCCAAACUCUAUAUCGAGAUCAGAUUCCUCGGUGUUCCAUGGUCCGGACAGAACCAAAAUUUACAAUUAUGUGGAUAGGAAAUAUUACUCAGGCUAUGUUAGCUCGUCUGAUGAAGAAGAAGAAUGUAUGACAGUUGAAGAUAUCAAAGCUCAUCGGAAGGCUUCACGUGAAAGACAAUGUGGAAGUGCGUUAACGGUUUGUUUGAGUAAUAAUUUCAAUGCUGGUUAUGCAAUAGUUGCAGAACCGUUAAAGAAGCCAUAUAUUAUUAAGUGUACCACACAGGAAAGAAAACAUUGGAAAAACAUUAGAGGUGAUGGCGACAUCAAAAAAUUCAAAGUUUAUCAUCCUCCUACUACAUUAGUUGCAAAUCUGACGCAAAGAAUCAGUUGUGAAAACACACUGAAACCGAAAUCGGUGAACGAACUACGAAACCCAAACGAAGAUAAUGAAGUUAUUGAUAAUGAUCAAAAACAAUAUAAGAAUGCCGAUAUUUUGUUGCCUAGUGAGGAUUCAGUACUUUCUGACGUACCCUCUUCAUUACCGCGUAGUCCUUCAAUAGCUCCCAUCAACCUACUACCAGUGAAAAAGCUACUAAAAUCUACUGUGGAGGAAACAUCAACUUUACCUAACUAUGACGGUAAUUAUGGUGAAUUGAUUUUGAAUAGUCAAUAUCAAUCCAAUGAUGUACCACAUAUGGGAUAUUCCUCAGAAGGAGCGGGCACAACAACAAAUUAUCUGGAUCGUACAAUAAUUCAAAAUACUGGAAACGUAGAAGCCAUGCCCAACACUAGACAAUUGCCACCACUAGGAAACUUCCACUUAGAGAAUAAUAUGAACGCAACCGAAAAAAACAGUGUUGUUCUUUUGUCUCAAGCUGAUAAAUACUAUCCAUCUCUAUAA